UUCUUAGUCGUCCUUUGUAUAUCACAUAUACAUAUCUUCUAAAAGUAUCAUCAUGCCUCCUAAGACAAGUGGAAAGGCCGUUAAAAAAUCAGGGAAAGCUCAGAAAAACAUCACCAAGGGUGAUAAGAAAAAACGCGGAAAGAAGAGGAGGGAAAGUUACGCUAUUUACAUCUACAAGGUUCUCAAGCAAGUUCAUCCUGACACUGGUGUGUCUAGUAAGGCAAUGAGCAUUAUGAACAGUUUUGUUAACGAUAUUUUCGAGCGCAUUGCUGCCGAAGCUUCACGUCUGGCUCACUACAAUAAGAGAUCGACCAUUACCUCUCGGGAAAUCCAAACCGCCGUCAGGCUCCUUCUUCCUGGUGAACUUGCUAAACACGCUGUCUCUGAAGGAACAAAAGCUGUUACUAAAUACACUAGUUCCAAGUAAAUUUCCUAUCCCAAAAAUUUCAAAUCGGUCCUUUUCAGGA